UAACACUAAACUGUCAUCUAUCUCUAUAAUUAACACUAUUCAACUUAAAACUCCGUCCGUUAUUCAACCGAACUAUCCAUAUCCGCAAAUCUGCAAUGGCUCGCUUGGCUUCAAACCCCGUCGGACUCCAUAGAUUCCGGCCAUGUUUCCGAACUGCUCAACUUCCCCAACAACUCAGAGCCUUCAUUCCCUCCCGAACCAACGACCACCGCAGAUUUCAGACCGUUGCUUGCCAGAAAACCCCAAAUCCCAGUGAGCCUUCCACCUCGGAAAAGUCGCCGCCUGUUGAGCCAGUUUCUGGUAAUGAAGUGAGUAGCACGGUUAUGAGUAGUUCCUCGACAGACCCUGGCAUUCCGGAAUUUCCAAACAAAAAUACCAACAGGCAAGUAGCAGUGGUUUCUACUCUUGCGGCAUUAGCACUUUUCUUAUCAGGACGGCUCGAUUUUGGUGUUUCUUUAAAGGACCUAACUGUUGCUGCAUUACCUUACGAAGAGGCUCUCUCGAAUGGCAAGCCUACUGUUGUUGAGUUCUAUGCUGAUUGGUGUGAAGUAUGCAGGGAAUUAGCUCCAGAUGUCUACAAAGUUGAGCAGCAGUAUAAGGGUCGUGUAAAUUUUGUUAUGCUCAAUGUUGAUAACACAAAGUGGGAACAGGAGCUUGAUGAGUUUGGUGUUGAGGGUAUUCCACACUUUGCAUUCCUAGAUAAAGAGGGAAAUGAAGAGGGCAAUGUUACUGGCAGGCUCCCAGAAAAGUACUUGCGUGAGAAUGUGGAUGCCCUCUCCCGCGGAGAAGCUUCCAUACCUCAUGCCCGUGUAGUGGGGCAAUAUUCCAGUGCUGAAAACAGAAAGGUUCACCAAGUUGUGGAUCCAAGAAGUCAUGGAUAGGUGCUAACUUCUUUUGGGGAGAAGUCAUCAUGUUGUUAAAAGAAUUACAUCAGAGAGGUAAUCAUCCAUUCAUCCUCCAUAUGAUAUAAUCUUCUAAUUGUAAGCAAGUUUACGUAUAUAAAUCAGAAACAGUAAGCUUUUCAAAUUGGAGAAUCUCAUUAGACCUCCCAUGCUAUUUAAUCUUUGUAAGCUGCACUUAACAAAGGAAUAUGAGUUUUAAAUUUCUGAACUGCUGGAUUUCACGUUA